UUGCGUCGCCUUGAGUGACGGGCGGCUUGGCGGGAAGUUGGUGAGGGGUUGUUGUGCGCUGUGUGGUGAGCCGGGAUUAACGGCCGAGCUGAGGGGAAGGACGGAGCCACAGCCACAGUCACAGCCAUGCAGGCCUUCCUGAAAGGCCCGGCCUCCAUCAGCAACAAACCUACUGCCAACAAGGAGAGGAGCGCGGCGGGGAGCAGCGGGGAAGGCAAGAAGCUCAAACCCGUCCCCUGGGUGGAGAAAUAUCGCCCCAAAAACGUGGAUGAAGUCGCCUUCCAGGAUGAAGUUGUUGCUGUGUUGAAAAAGUCCCUGGAAGGUGCUGAUCUUCCCAAUCUGCUGUUCUAUGGCCCGCCUGGAACUGGAAAGACCUCCACUAUUUUAGCAGCUGCCAGAGAGCUCUUUGGGCCUGAACUAUUCCGACAAAGAGUCCUGGAGUUAAAUGCCUCUGAUGAGCGCGGGAUUCAAGUGAUCCGUGAGAAGGUGAAGGCUUUUGCUCAGCUCACAGCAUCUGGAAGCCGAGCAGAUGGUAAAGUUUGUCCUCCCUUUAAGAUUGUGAUCCUGGAUGAAGCAGACUCUAUGACCUCAGCAGCCCAGGCAGCCUUAAGGCGCACCAUGGAAAAAGAAUCUAAAACAACACGUUUUUGCCUUAUUUGUAACUACAUCAGCAGAAUAAUUGAACCUUUAACAUCUCGCUGCUCCAAAUUCCGUUUCAAACCUUUGUCAGACAAAAUCCAGCACCAGAGGCUACUGGAUGUUUCUGAGAAGGAAAAUGUGAAAAUCACUAGUGAGGCAGUAUCUUACCUUGUUAAAGUGUCAGAUGGGGACUUAAGAAGAGCUAUUACUUACCUUCAAAGCGCCACUCGCUUGAUGGGUGGGAAGGAGAUCACAGAGAAGACUGUCGCUGAAAUUGCUGGGGUUAUCCCAAGAGAAACAAUAGACGGGUUGCUGUCUGCCUGCUGGAGUGGCUCAUUUGAGAAACUGGAAACAGCGGCAAAGAAUCUUCUCAAUGAGGGCUACGCUGUUGCUCAGCUCAUAAACCAGCUUCAUGAUAUUGUUGUUGAGAGCGAAGACUUCAGUGACAAGCAGAAAUCAGUCAUCACUGAGAAGCUUGCAGAGGUGGACAAAUGCUUGGCAGAUGGUGCUGACGAGUACUUGCAGUUGAUAAGUCUGUGUGCCCUGGUGAUGCAGCAGCUAACACGGAACACUUAACUUGCUCCUCCAGUGGCAGCUGUUGUGGGGGUGGUUGUGGGACCUGCCUACUUUCAUAUUGUUUUUGCAAUAAAGUAAUUGCUCAGCA